AGUACAUGAACUGGGACGAAGUUGCAAAACUCCCUAGUAGGAGGGAGCUAUUCUGCGGGCCUGCUGAAAGAAGGAGAAGCAAAACGCCAAAUAACCUUAUAAAACAGAAACUAACGCUAAUCGUGAACGCCAAUCCUCCGAAUUUUACACGUACUGGAAUACUUUUUUGUACUGUCGAUAUUAUAUUGUCUGUGAAGAAAGUAUUUAUACCUUAUUUUCUAUUUGCACUAACUAACGGUACUCCAAACUACUGAGAGUCAUUUUUUUUACAACAAAGGAAAAAAAAUCCCAACCUGUGGAAAGACAUCUUCUCUACACAACCAGCACUUUUACUUUAAAACCUCUUUCAACCAUCAGUUGCUUCUGUCAUUUGCCCAGACAGUGUCUGUGCUGCUAAUCACGGAUAAGCAAAGCAGAACUAGUGGAGACAUUUAAGGUCAUUUUUACCUUAUCGUCAUACACCGGGUAAUCUUCAGCAGUUAGCUAUGCAGCUUGAAAUCCAAGUAGCUCUCAACUUCAUCAUCUCCUACCUGUACAACAAACUGCCGCGUCGACGGGUCAACAUUUUUGGCGAGGAGCUAGAGCGUCAACUGAAGCAGAAGUACGAGGGACACUGGUACCCUGAAAAGCCAUACAAAGGCUCAGGAUUCAGAUGCAUCCAUGUAGGUGAGAAGGUGGAUCAAGUGGUGGAGAAGGCUGCCAAAGAGAGUGGGCUGGACAUUGAAGAUGUCCGCAACAACCUGCCCCAAGAUCUCAGUGUGUGGAUUGAUCCCUUCGAGGUGUCCUAUCAGAUUGGGGAGAAAGGGCCCGUGAAAGUGUUGUAUGUGGAUGACAGCAAUGAAAGCGGAGCUAGCAAUGGGGGACUUGAUGUGGAUAAGGAGAUCAGGAACAGCUUCAAUCCUGAUGCACAAGUCUUCAUGCCCAUUAACGAGCCUCUGAAUGGUACCUCCCCAGGCUCCAGCUCCCCCUCUCCUCCUUUUGGCCACUCGGCUGCAGUCAGUCCCACCUUCAUGCCCCGCUCCACACAGCCAUUAACCUUCACAACAGCCACCUUCGCUGCCACCAAGUUUGGCUCCACUAAGAUGAAGAGCAGUGGCCGCAACAACAACAACAACAGCAGCAGUACUGUGAAUAAAGUGGCUCGCACCUCUCCCACCAACCUGGGCCUGAAUGUGAACACUCUCCUGAAACAGAAAGCCAUCUCCACCUCCAUGCACUCUCUAUACGGGUUGGGCCUUGGGCCACAGCAACACCAGAAGCCCUCAGCCCUGUCCCCCAAUGCCAAGGAGUUUGUGUUCCCCAGCCUGCAGAGUCAGGGCAGCCAGAGUGCUCUAUUUCCCGGGGACAGCUCACUCAGCCUCAGCCCCCUACAGUACAGCAAUGCCUUUGACAUGUUUGCGGCCUACGGUGGCCUUAACGACAAGUCCCUUAUGGAUGGCUUGAAUUUCAGUUUGAGUAACAUGCAGUAUUCUAACCAGCAAUUCCAGCCUGUUAUGGCUAACUAGUACAUGUAAAGGUACUACCUAAGCUACUACUUCAGACAGAAACGACCAGAGAUGACGUGGGGCAAGGAAAUAAACACCAAUGCACAUUUUAAAAAAUAUAUAUUAAAAAAUGUAAACAAGAAGAGAAUGUCAAGGAUAAAAGGAACAAGAAUGUGACUUGUCAAAUGUAAGAUCUGUGUAACAAGUCCAAAAGCAUGAGCCCGAGGGUGAAAUACUUUGCCCCCUUGAGUUUUACUUUUUUAUUUCUUAAACAAUGAAGCUUGUAUUACAAGAUGUCCAAGCUUGGUUACCUAAAACUUCAACAUGCAGCAUUGUCAUUUCUUUUGCCAACCAAGCACAAAAUAUUUUUUUUUUAUGUGACUGUUUUGAGAUAUUUAAAAAAGACAAAAAAAAAACCACAAUUCAUGGCCUCUUUCAGUAUUUAAACAUAACUGGACACCGCCGGUUUUUCACAAAAUUGGCAUAAAUAAGUGGGAUUUCCUGGUCUUUUUUCUAAUUGUAUAAUUUAAUUUAGUACAGAGUUUGUAAAAUAUCAGAGUAUCUAUUGUUUCUACGACAUGGUAUUGCAUUUAUAUCUUUUUACUACUCCAGUGAUCUGUGAUGGCUGCAGCAACUUUAUGUUUUCUUUUUUAUUGAAAUUAUUAUAAAAUGAAUCCUCUUUGAAAAAAAAAUUGACUAUUCUAAAGAUUGUGUACAGAAUAUUCCGUAGUGGUGGGAUUUAAGAAUAUUUGCUUUUUUGAAAAAGAUAAGAGUUGUAUUUUCUGUUAAGAGUUCAAAGAUUUUUGCUAUAUUAUGGACAAAAUGUAAUCGUAUAUUAAUUUUGUACCUACAUUGUGCAAUACUUGAUAAAACAAACGAUAUAACACAGUAUUCUGAGUCAGUGUCUUACAUGUCAAGAGGGACUGAUAGUUUAAUAAGUUUGUAUUAAAAAGGCUUGAAAUAA